AUGCCUGCACAGCCUGCUUUCCCCCGUACGUCCUUCCUGUUGCUUUGCAUUCUGGGUAUGACCUUUGUGACAUCUGGCUUCCCUCAGCCUCGACUACCUCUCAGAAGUACUGAUGAUUCAGAGGAAUCUGAACGAGAUGACUGGGAUGUCCUCUUACCCUCCAUCUCUCUCCGUGAUUGGAGCACUCAAAUGAUGUCGGCGCCCAGCCUCGAAGCAGCAGCCAACAUCAAGGCAGGACUGAUGAGUGAGGCGUGGCUCUUUGCCCCAGGGAGGGCAGAGGCAAGCAUGGAGAGGGCAUUGCCUGCUGAAUGGUCAUCUCAGGGGGCUGGGAUGGUGAAGAGGAACAUGGUGGUGGCUGAUGAUGCUGCCUUCAGAGAGAAGAGUAAGCUCCUCACCUCCAUGGAGAGACAGAAGUGGCUGAACUCCUACAUGCAGAAACUACUUGUGGUUAAUUCUUCAUGA